AUGCAAUCUCCCCGCUUUUUGUCUCCCGACUAUCCACACCGCUCUUCGGAGCACCCGUCGCACACGAUUUUUGUUGCGGGCGUCACAUCGAUAGUCGAUCCGGAUUCGUACACUACACUCUUUUCUUCGUUUGGAGAGUUGGAGAAUUUGAUCACAUCAAACGCGUCAAAAGGAUACAUCGUCGCAACAUAUUACGACAUCCGCUCGUCUCGAGUUGCCUUUAAAACACUUCAGAAGACAAUAAUAAACGGAUCUCUCCUCGAUGUUCACUUUACCGUUGCUCGGCCAACGAAACAGACCAAUCAAGGAACUGUUGUAGUCUUCAACUUAGACUCUUUGCUCACAACCGAUGAUGUGUAUUCCCUAUUUUCACAAUAUGGCGAGAUUAAAGAAAUUCGAGAAACACCAAAUAAGCGUCACCACAGAUUUAUCGAGUUCUUCGACACUCGCGCAGCCCAAAAAGCUUUAACAACUCUGGACAAGACCGAGUUCAAUGGUAAAGUCCUGAAAAUCGAGUUCAGUCGUCCCGGAGGAAAAGAGAUCUCUUAUGUCACCGAAGACUUGAUCGAGAAGUUCUCGAGUUCGGAAAGACAACGCGCGCAGAGCGAUCCUGGAAAAUGCCCGAUGUGGGGAAAAACGAUUGAAAGUGACAGCGAAAUCUUCAUCUCGGCUGGGCGCGGCCGCGCCGCGACCAGCUCCAAGUCGAAGCGGAAGAUCGCGAUGAGUGUGGAAGAAGGGGUCGAAUGUGAGACUCCGCAGGAGAAUUCGUUUUUCACGAAAACACCUGAGCAGAUUCUUUCCGAUCAAAUAACAAAUGAAGAGGAAGAGUGUUGUCUGUAG